AGAGAGCGCCGCCACGCAGGCGCACUGCAGCCCGGAACCCCGCAAAGUCGGGACUGGUUCUCCGCGGGUGAGCGGCGGGCGCGCGCGCGCGCGCUUUUUGGGCGCGCGAAGAAGGGGGCGCGCGCCAUGGAGCAGCGGCUAGCUGAGUUCCGGGCGGCCCGGAAGCGAGCCGGGCUGGUGGCUGAACCCAGUACUUCGAGCCAGAGUACACAAACCUCGGGAGAGAAGGCAGAAGCAGCUACGACUCCCAAAGCCCCCUCAAGCUGGCUAAAACGGUUCCUGGUGUGGAAACCGAGGCCACCGAGUGCCCAGGCCCAGCCCAGCCUCGCUCAGGGAGCAGCCGGGCCCGGGGGCCUCGAGUCACAGCCACCACGGAGUCCAGCCGAAGCCCCGCCACCGCCGCGGCCGCCGCCACCGCCGCCCCUGACCCCACGGGACCGGUCUCUCCUGACCAGCGUCACCCUGUUGAAGGUGCUCCUCUGGUUGGUCCUGCUGGGACUGUUUGUGGAGCUGGAAUUUGGCCUGGCCUAUUUUGUCCUGUCCCUGUUCUACUGGAUGUAUGUGGGGAUGCGAGGCCCCGAGGAGAAGAUGCAGGGGGAGAAAAGUGCCUACUCGGUGUUCAACCCGGGCUGCGAGGCAAUCCAGGGAAGCCUGACCGCCGAGCAGCUGGAGCGUGAGCUGCACCUGAGGCCUCUGCCGCGGAGAUAGGACCAGACCGGCGGUGGCCCCCCAGGGCCCUCGCACCCCCUGGCUUUGACUGAGAACAGCUUGCGGGUCAGUCAAUUGUGACCCCACAAUUCCACACUUCCCCUGACCUCCUGCUACAGUUUUAUCUCAGAAUUUCUUUUUCAUUUUGGUGAAACUCCUGGAAAGACACUCACUGUGGGUCUGAUGCAAUUUAUAAAAAUUACACACUCAA